UUUUCUAUGCCCCUAGAAGUUCGAAAUCAAAGCAAAGUUUUCGAAUUAUUUUUGUUGAAACGUAUUGAUCGCGAUUGGAUUAAUCACAAACUUCCUGCGGACGAUAUUCCAAUACCACCAAAAGAAGUACCAGAACAAGACAGAGAAUUAAAUUUCCUUUUGGAAGCUAACGAAACUAAUUGGCAAGAUCAACGGCCUCCAAAUUUUUGUUUUGAUCAUCGUCAUUAAAUUAUUUAAAGAAUAAUAAAAAAAUAUUAGUAAUGUUAACACGUAAAGAAUUAAUUGCAAUGAGACUUU